CAGCUGUUGCUCAUUUCACACAGCGUCCAUCCCUCUUGUGCAUUGAGUGUGUGCGUACGUGGGCGCCUGCGCGCGUGUUUGUGCGUGUAUGUGAAGGAGAGACUGUAGAAUCGGUUGCUUGGCGAACAAACGUUAAACCCCAAGUUUGGGUCUGGCAGGAAUUUCAUCCCAGAGGCAGCACAUGGUUCACUGGAGUGCUGUCAGACAGCUGGGAUAAAUGAGGAGAAGGCGGCACUGCUUUUCUGCUUCGAUCCACACAAUCCUGAAGCCGUAGGCUGAUUUGUUUUCUCCAGAAAGGUCCCCAUGACCUUUCCAGGAGGUCAGGAGCAAAGAUGAUGUGUUUGCUGCAUCAGAAAAAGUUAGUUUUCUGCUUCCUGUUUUUGUUUAUCCUGCUUGGGUCCUACAUGAUGCGUUCGAACAUGAAAAUUAUGCUGUGGCCAAAAGACCAAAAGAUUAUCAUCAGCCCUCCCAGCACUGUGACUAAAAGUGUGCAUCACAUAGUCAAAUCUCUAGAGGAACCCAAACCCACAACUAAACCAACCAAGUCCAAAAUCAAACCAGCCGAACCAACACAACCAGACUUCAUUGGAGACAAAUACACCACUGAUGAUCUACCACCAACAAAUUGCCCAAGCAGUAUUCGGAAAAGGCUACUGCAGACUGACGUUGCUAAGAGGUACUUGGCCAAUGUGCCAGUUCUGCAGUGUGCGAAGCAUUUCUCCGAGCCAGAAUACGAGAGGUUACGGCACUAUAACGGAGCUCAUGGAUGGGGUGGCAUUGAUUUGAAACUUCUUCAGAGUUCACUAGCCGUAUUAAACACUUCCGCUAAUCGGCUGAUGUUUGACGACUGGGAGAAAAGACAGAAGAGGUCCCAGUGUAUACGGUGUGCUGUGAUAGGAAAUGGAGGAAUCCUAAAUGGGUCAAAGAAAGGUCAGGAGAUUGACCAGAAUGACUACAUUUUCAGGACAAAUGGUGCCAUUAUUAAAGGCUUUGAGGAGGAUGUCGGCUCACGUACCUCUUUCUAUACCUUCUCCACUAACACCUUGAUCAACUCUUUGAGACGUUAUGCAGACGUAGGAUUUAAAGCCCCACCCAAGGGCAAGGAAACCAAGUACAUUUUCCUUCCUGAUCAUGACAAGGACUAUAUUCUUAUGAAGGCUGCAGCCCUGCAAACACCAACUGAGAAGGGACUUGAUACAAAGCAGUAUUUUGGAGAUUACGUGACUGUAGAGAAGUUUAAAAUGUACCACCCUGAUUUCAUCCGUUACCUCAGAAACAGGUUUCUGCAUUCAAACACUCUCAAUACCAAAUAUAAAAACAUCUACCGGCCGUCCACCGGAGCAGUGAUGCUGCUGGCUGCUUUUCAUACAUGUGAUGAGGUAAAUGCUUAUGGAUUUAUGACACAGGACUACCAAAAAUAUUCAGACCAUUACUAUGACAAUAGCUUUCAUCCAGUGAAAUUCUAUGCCAACCAUGACCUGCAACUGGAGUUGAAACUGUGGCUGGAGCUGCACCAGGCAGGACUGAUAAAGCUCUACAUGCGAACGUGAUUGCAGCGCUCACUCGGACCGAAAUGAACAUACAGCACCACCUGAUCCCUCACAUGAACUGAGCUGUUAUAUACUGACAAAAUGUUGUGCUGUUUAUGGCCUCUGGAUUUGGCCUGGCUAAACUAAAGAGAGUGUUAAUGAAGAAGAAAUGUCCUUUUUUUACUUGUAAAUCUCUUCAGGAAUUGGGACAUCAUUGGAGUUGCAGAGGCAAUAAUUAUAAUAAGAUGCCUUAAUGCAAAGCAGUUUGUUGGCCUAUUGCGCGAGUCUGAGCGUGUGUGCGUGCGAGAGUCUUCAGUGAACAGAGCAAUGUGCAAUGAUGGCUUGUAAUAUAACCCACAAAGUUUUAAUGUCAAUUCGGUCACUGAAUCCCUCUGAAGACCAACCAUUUAUGUUGAGAAACAUUUACAACAACUGUCAAUUGCAAUGUAACUUUACACAAUAACUGAAAAACCAUUGUGGACUAUGUAGGAUACUUUUGCUACCUCUAGGAAAACAGAACUAAUGCUUUGAAGUAGAUUCUCUCUGAUAUAUGACAGCGGUUAAUGAAGUUAAUGUAAAAUGCUACCAAUGUUCUGUGUGGAAAAACCAGCUGAAGUGGUAUUUUUAUAAUUUUAUAAAUGACUAAGCUACCAGGUUUAUCCUGGUACAUGAUUCAGUUUUUGUAAGUAGUACAUUAGUCAUGUAUUUUGCAAUUUCAGCCAUUUAAAACGUGACUCUGUUGAAAUUCUAAUUGACCCUGUUGGAAUUUUUUUCUUUUAAGUAAAUAAAUGAAAACCUUUCUAUCA